UUGUGUCCAAAGGUCAUGGCCCACACCACUGUGAGAGUAGGGAGAAAUCUGGUUUUACAAGCUCUCGACAUCCUACAACCACCUCCAGUUGAUUUCUUUGAAGAAAUAUACGUAGUCACAGAGCUGCUUCAGAGCGACUUGCACAAGAUAAUUGUAUCACCACAGCCCCUUAGCUCCGACCAUGUCAAAGUCUUCCUCUACCAGAUUCUCCGAGGUUUAAAAUAUCUACAUUCGGCAGGAGUACUUCAUCGUGAUAUCAAACCCGGCAACCUCCUAGUCAACAGCAAUUGUAUUCUUAAGAUUUGUGACUUUGGGCUGGCGAGAGUAGAAGAACUCGACCGGUCAAAACACAUGACCCAAGAAGUCGUGACUCAGUACUACCGAGCACCUGAAAUCUUGACCGGCAGUAAGUACUAUACAAAUGCUGUUGACAUGUGGUCUGUGGGAUGCAUCUUCGCUGAACUUUUAGGACGACGUAUUCUUUUUCAAGCACAGAGUCCUGUCACUCAGUUAAAUCUGAUAAUGGAGCUUCUAGGAACACCUAGUCAUCAAGAUCUUAGGUAUGCAUGUGACGGAGCCAAAUCACACAUUUUACAGCAACCACAUAAACCAUCAUCGCUAUCUGCGCUGUACACACUCUCCAGUCAGUCAACCCAUGAGGCUGUUCAUCUCCUUAGCAGAAUGCUUGUAUUUAAUCCAGAUAAACGCAUCUCUUGUACAGAUGCCCUUGCCCACCCAUACCUUGAUGAGGGUCGUCUCCGCUACCAUACCUGCAUGUGCCAAUGCUGCCAUAAUACACCCACAGGACGUGAAUAUGUGUCCAACUUUGAACCAUGUGCACCUCAACGAUUCGACUCAACCUAUGAAUCACGCCUCACAUCUGUGCGACAGGUCAAAGAAUCCCUGUUAAAGUUCAUCACAGAGCGCCACCAAGGCAACUACAUACCACUCUGUAUUAAUCCGCAAUCUGCUGCAUUCAAAAGCUUUGCUAGUUCUUCUGUUGCCAGUGCUGCUGAGCUUCCUCCAACGCCUCAACCCUGGGAAUGAGCCUCCGUCUAUUCCACUUGCUUUGCUCAACCAUUCCCAGUUUGAUGUACAGUACAUGGUCAUGGCUCACAAAAAUGUUUCUAGCAUUUCUUCAACUCCAUGGACUCUACAUCAAAGCGUGUGUGUAGUGGCUGUUGGAGUGUUUGAGGUAUUUCCAUCGGAAGCAUUCACAAAGGACGCAUUCCCACGGAAAGUAGCUGCGAACGCUAUACGAGAGAUGGAUUUUAAGAAUUUACAAGAGGGGUGUAACAAACCUAGAUAAGUCUUGUAAAUGUAAUUUUAAAUGCUGCACAUAAAGUUCAUUUUGAGCCGUUAGGUAAUGUUAUCCAUGUUCAGUCGCAACUCGAUUCUUAUUAAGUGUGAAUCUGUGUGACUUGCGUUUGAUAGCUACCUCAUGUUUUAGUUAAAUGUUUUGAUUAUUUUUUUUUUAUUUAUUUAUUUCUUUUCAGUUUGUCAUUGCAUGAGGUUUAGUGUUUUGGUGUUGUUUCCAAGGAUGAUUUAUAAACAAUGCCCUCUCUUGACAGUCAAUUUGUAGCCUCCUAACCAGUACUAGAAUAAAAUAUGCAUAACUUAAUAAUUUAUGAAAAAUUCAAGCAUCUUAAUCUACUUCCAGAUGUUAAUUUUUUUUUUUUUAAUCCAUCCAUCAUUUUUAUUUGCCAGUUUUAUGUUUUGAUGGGUUGUGGAUGUUCCAUUUCCGUUACUCUAUUUUCUAUUAGAGAGGAUAAAAUGGCACAGUUCAACUUAAUUUAUUAUGCAUUUAUUCUUUGUAAUUUACAUCUAGAGAUCGAGUAUAUUAUAAAGUGUAAAUCAAGCCAAGUAAAUUGAUACAUCUCAUUUCCCCCCCCCCCUCCCAACAAACCCACACACAUACACUUGUACAGACAUUCAUUCAACUGAUUGUAAACAACAUAACACAAUAUUGGUGCAAACGCUGCAUGAAACCGAUGCAAUAAAAGUUUUUUAAGUGUUGUUUAAUGUUUAAUUUCCAUUAAUUAGUAAAUUAAAUACAAGAUAUUUUAAAUAUUUAUUAAAAUCACUAUGCUCAUUACAACAUAUUUCUAUUCUAUAACUCCUUUACAUGUUUGGAUCACCUUUGCCAAUGCAAUAAUUUGAUUUAAGUUCACCCUUGAAAGGGGUUGUAUUUAAAAGAAAUACCUUGGUUGUCAUUCUAGAGCCUCCCACCCCUACUCAUACACACACACACAGCUUUCCAUGAUAGCGUUGUGACUCCUCACCCAUAAUGUCCCUUUAAUAUCCAAAAUUAUGGGCAUAGUGCAACUAAUCAGAAUCAAUUUUAGGCAUAGCUGUUAAGCCAGCCGCUACAAUUGUGUUCCAACUGUCGCUCUGUUGCUGAUUUUUUAGAUGAAGAUGAAAAUAUAGUUUUAUAGUAAAGAGGCGGGUCCAGAGAUGUCCAAAGGGUGGGGCCGAAAGUGCGGCCGAUUGAGAUAACAAUACACUGGGGGACGGGGGCAUGUCCCCGCAAAAUUUUUGUGUUAUAGACGCCCGAAAAUAACCUCUGAGGCCUUUUGGGCGAUAAUCUUUUUCUUUUUUUUUUUGACUUUCCAAAGGCCCGGCCCCCCCUCUAAAUCCGCCCCUGUAAAGAAUCAGUUUCAGUGGAACAACUCACCACUUGGUGUAUUACUUUUACUUUUAAAAAAAUGAUGCGUCUUUCGAAUGAAGUUUUGUGAUUAUAUACUACCCCUGUACAUUAAAAUUAACACAAACCUAAACAAGUAAUCAUAAUAUAAAGCAAUCAACAAUGCAUGUUGCUUACUCCAAGUACUGUAUAAGUUAUAGGUACAAUAAUUAGUUUAUGUUUAACAAGUGCUUGUACAAGAAUAAUCUACUUAAUAGAUGGAUGCUAUGGCAACUGAUCAUGUGACCAUUAAUUAUUAUUAAUGGAUGAAACAUUAAGCUGAAACUAUUGUGUUUACAUGAGACAGUAUGCCGUUAACCAUUGUUGUACCUUCAAUUCUUUUUAGAGUUCCUGCUAUGCUCUUUUAAACGUGAUAUUAGUUGUCUUGCUCAGAAUUGCUUGGUAAUGUUCAUCACACUAAAAUUCUGGGUUACUAGUUCUUCAACAGAAUGAAAAAUUAACUCAUAGCUAUUAUAUUUUUUUUUAUGAAGCCUAAGGAGGAGUUUGAGUACUCUGUAGGUAGAACCUUGGCCUAAAAAACUAAAUUUUGGAACUAAAAUAAAUUAAAAUUUGAUAUAAAAUGAGAUGUCAUAAUUGAAGAUAUCACACUUGGUAAUUUAUUGAUUUUUCAGUCAAUUAUUCCAGUGAUCUAAUUUUGAAUUCUCAAUGACACAAGAGUAUUAUUAUAUAAAAUUCAAUUUCAUGAUUCUGUUGAAUACCUAAUGACAAUCAAUUGAACAGACCUUAAGCCGAGCUCUCACAGCGUCGUUCGAUGGUCUUAGAACCGUCGUACAACGAAUCAAACCUCACUUCCUGUUAGUGCUAGACGACACAAUGCCGACUGCUGAUGGUCGGUGGCAGUCUAAACGGAUCGACAUUAAAAAUGAUCUGUUGCGUGCGCACCAUGGGGUUACGUUGUUCAUAGAAUUGCGUCGGCCGACGACCGUUGUGCGCAGAAAGUGCCCGGCUUCUGUUAAGCCAUGAAAUCUGUCUUAUUGUUUGUUGCCUUCAAAGCUUUAUAUUAACUGUAUUCAAAGGUUAACUUCGAUAUUAACAAAAAAUAAUUAAUACGCUAAGUGUAUAUAAUUUUGUCAACAAUCUUAAUUGUCUAUUUUUAUUUUGAGGAUUUGUAUGUUUAAAUUGUUUAAAUUUUUUUCUUUGAUGAUCAUUAGAGCUUUUUUAAUGAUUGAUUUCCAAAUGAUACAUACAGUAACUUUUAUUGUGUGAUCAGUGUUAUAAAUUUCUUGUGUCUGUAUUUAUAAUAAGAAUGAAGAUUGAUUUGCAAGAUUUGGCAUCAUGUUUUAACUGUAUACAAUAGUCUUUUGUAGUAUUUAUGUUCAUUUAUGCAUGAAGCUGCAAGAACUAGAGGAGCCAAAUUUUAAUGCUGCUCAUAACUUGCAGUUGAUGUGUCAAUAGAGGGCAGUGUUUUUCUGAUGACAUUUUUUGACCAACACCGUAUGUAGAUGUUGGUGACAUGUUGUCGUUGCAAGUCUCUAUAGUGAUUAGGGCCCCUUCAGUGUAUUAUUGUGAUUGGAAAAUUGUUGAUAUGUCGGUUAAGAAACCAAAAAACAAAAAACAAAAAAACAAAGAACUAACCUAGCAUUUCCAAGAGGGGUUCUUGAUUUUAGACUUUAGAUGAUCCAAAGAAAACUUGAAUAUUUGAUAAAUAUGUUUCAUUUGCAUAUGGUUAUACAUAUGUUGUAAUAAUGAUGAAUUUUGAGACAUUUUAAUGUUAAUGAUAUAAGAAAUAAGGUUAUUCCUGAAUUUACCACAAUCUCUUAACCCUUCAAGAUUGUAUAAAGUAAACGAAACUAUUUUUGGAAUGAAAGUCCAGAACAAGAGGUUUUAACGUCAACUGCUGCAGUUAAGUACUGUAUGUGCGGGGUCUUUUUUCUAAAUGUUCUAGCACCGUAAAAAAGAAAAAAAGUUUAAAAAAAAAAGUAAACGAGCAAGAACGACUAAAAAUACAGACAGUGCUGUUUAUUAAACCAAUUAAUUUAAUUAAUUUACAUCAUUCCAAACCCCAAAAAACCACGAAGGAAAUAUACGAUGAACAAUAUUUUUUUUCUGUACUUGUAUGUAGAUUUAAACUGUAGAGUGUGUAGUAUUUUGCAUGUUAGCAUUUACUAACAGUUAGAGAAUUGUGUCUGGAUGAUGCCCACCAGUCUGCCUUCUGCAGUCUUUUCUCACUUCUAAAUGGUUAGCCAUCAAUAAACUUGAUAUGACUAUUGGAAAAACCAAGUCAUUUAAAAUUUCCUUCAUUAUUUAUUUGCUUCUGACUAGGAAACCUAUUUGACCAGUACUGAUGCAAUGAUGUUCCGAAAAUCUCCACUUAAAAAAAAAACAUCCAAUGACUUUAGGUAAUAAACUGGUUUAUUUGAACUUUAUCCUGAUGUCGUUGACAUAUAUUCACUUUUUUUUUUCUUUCUAAUAAUAUAUUACUAUAGAUGAAUUGAGGUAGCGAAGUAGACGUUUGUAGUGUUGAGGUUAGUUGUACAUAUUAAGAGUGCUAGGAAUAUUUAUUGUUUGCGAUUAAUAAGCACAUAGUGACUGGUCCGCCGUGACAGCAAUACACUACAGUGCAAGAUACUACUUGCCACAUGGGGAACCAGUCAAACAUUGUAUAUUGUAGCAAUAUUGACACACGAUACGAGAUGAAAUUAAGACUGGAGGUCAAUGACGAUUAUGAUUUUAUAUAAAAAAUAACUUUUUCAACAGUAUACAGUAUGUUUUAUGUACAUACUAUAGUUUUGCAAUUUGCUUCAACCUGAUUUUGCUAAAUAAUAACCGUAAUUGUAAUGUAAAAGAUUUAUCCACACUAUCAAAUUAGAUGUAACAGAAUACCUGUGAUGUGGGUGUGUUAUGACAUCAUGAUGGCAAUAUAUGGUUGCGAUAUGGCAUCAUCCUGCCUAUAUAUGGGUAGAUCAGGUAUUUGUCACAGAAACGUUAAUAGUGUGGAUAGAGUAUCUGAAGAUGAUGUUGGGCUAAUUAACUUUUUUUUUAAAUAAAAUUUAAUAUUUUAAUUGCUUCUUAAGUAAUUAGAAAACAUUUCCCAGGCAAUUUAAUGGAUGCAUUAAAAUAGUGUCCCUAUUGUAUCUAUUAUUUUGCACAGACCUUGGUAAUAUCAUGGUAAUAUGAAAGAUUUUUGUAGUGAAAAUUCUGUAAAUCUCUGAAAAAUGAAUUUUUUCAGUUUGUCUUAUUAAAAGUUGUUUGAUCAUUUUAAAUUAAAGCAUUGUUCACAUUAUCAAAUUUAAUGACAAUUGUUUGUGAUAUGCCCAUAUUUGGGUGUAAUAUGACAUCACAGUUAAUAUUUGUCUCAUAAAAUUUGAUAGUUUGGCAACGCUAAAGAAUUCAAUGUUUUAAUUGAUUUUUCCAAAUUUUAUCACAGGUAGUACAUCUUUAAGACUUUAAUCAUUUUUAACAGCUUUAAAGAUUGAAAAUUCGCUAAUGAAUUUACAUGGUGCAUGUCAUAUCCUUUGAUACAAAGGUGUGGAAGUGUUGCUUUCAUGUAAGCCCAUUAUUUAAUUUGUACCUAUUUAAUGUCUGCAACAAUGGAGAAGUAAUCCAUGUUGACAACAAUACAUUUCCUCCACACUUAAAUUGUGCUGAUCAUGUUUCGGUGCUGGAUAUACCAACCAAGCCAUCUUAUAUGUACUGUACAUUUUUCAAUAUUCAAUUUUCAUAUAAACAUUGACAAUUUUGUACUCCUAUUCAUACAAGUUAUGUACUGCUUAGUUUUGUACCUGUUAGAAAUGCAAGAUGUUAUGCGACAUCACUGGUUCAUUAUGUUACUAUUAAGCAAGUUAUUUGAUAUGAUUAAGUAUACAAUAUCUAUAAAUAUUUUGGGUAAGGUUGCAUCAUGGUUAUAUCAUUCAUUUGUACUAUGACCUCAUUAUUUCUAACCAGAAAUUAUUUGCGCAAAUGUUUUCAUGAGAACAAUUAAAAUUUCAAAACCUCCACAAAUGUUGAGAGCUAGAGGUGCAUUAUCUUUGUACUGUAUUUAUAUCAACUGAACUCUAUUGGGAAUCAUGGCAAUGAUGAAUAAGAUAUUAUUUUACAAGCUGCACCAUGCCAUACAUAGAACUCCAUUUUGCUGCCGAUUAUUUGUAAUUUUUGGGGAGGUUUAGUACCUAAUUGUAUUUGUAUUAAUAGUAUUUUAUUUGAAUAUUAAUUAUUAGGCACUCAUAUAUAUUGUAAGAUAAAAUAGAAUUUCUUUUUUUAUGUCUAUUGUAGAAGAUAAUACUGAUCAGUCUCUUGUACAGCACACUCCGUUAUUUAAGCAAAAAUCUGUUUUUAUGGUAAAUGUGGGGAAACGGAAACCUAGUGCAAUCGUGCGCGUGUAUGAUCCUCAUGAGCAUGUACGAUCUUCACGCCGAUCUAUUUAUUAAUGCACCUCAUGUAAAGGUCUCAGAGUACGUCCUUCCACCAUGAGAAAAAAGUAGAUCCCCAAAGGUUAAGGUGAUGGUGAAAAAGUUUUGAAAAAAAAAAA